AUGGAGGACCUCAUCGACCAUUUACCUAAACUACCUGAAAUUCAGCAUCAAAAACUAACUAUUCCUGAAUUCGACGAAAUUGAAGUCAAAGCAACUGACUCAGUAGAAAUAAAGAAGUUCAUACGUAAAGUAAAUUAUGAAUUCCUUGGUUUUCAUUGCAACCAUAAAGUUAUGGACAAAGAUUGCGAUAUGGUAUAUAAGAAUGUUUCUGACAUAUAUAAAUCUGAAGAAUUUAAGACCUACGACAACUUUGUUUCGUUAGUUGCUGAAUGUGUUUGGGAAAUAAGAGAUAAAGAUAGAAGAGGCAAAGUAUGGAACGAACAACUAAGACCCGCUAUGUUUGAGAUGAAGAGAGCAAUUGACGCUUUAGUUGUUCUAGCAGGUCAAAUUUCAAUGUAUAAUGCAAAAAUGAACCCACAAUGUUCAAAAUGUAAAGCAGCAAUAAGGAAAUAUAACUACUCCGUCAAAGAGAUAGAAAGAAUGCGAAACGACUAUGCAGACUUAAAGAAAGAAGCAGAAAAGCCAGCAGAAGAUAAAAUGGACAUGUUAGCAUUUCUGAACAAAAACUAUCCAACAGUAGAAGAUUUCCUUCUAUCUGACGUCAAGAAGAAAUAUAAAGAGACUUUCGGCAUUGUUAAAACUUUUGAUAUCCUCAGCGAAGAAAUAGAAGCUACAAAACUGUUUAGGAUUUCAAAUAUACAUCGUACAAUUCAUGUAAAACGCUUGUGA